AUGAGAAAUCACAUCGUCCAGCAGCUGCUGGACGAUGUGAUUAACCACAGCUGGCUGACCAUCGACACGCUGGAGAAUUUCUCGAAGGCCAUUUACGCUAAAGGAGCCCCACUUAACAACUGCUGGGGCUUCAUUGAUGGCACUGCGCGUGCUAUAUGCCGACCCACCAGGCAGCAGCAGCUGUACUUUAGCGGGCACAAAAGAUUUCAUGCCCUGAAGUAUCAGUCAAUAAUGUGCCCGAAUAGCAUCAUUUCCCAAUUGGAUGGAUGUUAUCCAGGCAGCAAGCACGAUGCUGGCAACUUUGGCAACAGCCAGGCAUACACAAAGCUGGAAAAGCUCGUGCAGGGACACCACUACUGCCUCUACGGGGACCCUGCUUACCCAUUGCGGCCACUACUGUUGAAACCUUACGGCGGUGCAUCUUUGACACCGGAGCAAUGCGCGUUUAACAAGGCAAUGAGCAGCGUGAGGCAGGCCGUGGAAUGGGGCUUCGGAAAAAUUGCUGGACUCUUUGCCUUUGUAGAUUAAAAAAAAAACCAGAUCUUCCGCCAGAAUGUUGCGAGGAUGUACAAAGCGAGUGCAUUGCUGGCAAACUGCCAUACUUGCCUGUAUGGUGCACAGGUCUCGCAAUACUUUGACCUGCAACCACCAUCCUUGGAGUGUAC